AUGUCGUGGGUCGAAAACGUCACCACCUUGUCGGUGGGAUCCCUGUGGACAGCGGGAGCUUCGCUGCUGCUGGCCUAUCUGCUUGCUCUGUCAUCCUGGCGGCUGUAUUUCUGUCCCCAACGGGAGAUCCCUGGUCCGACUUUCGCAAAGCUUACAUACUGGUACGAAUUCUACUACGAUGUGGUCUUGGGAUGUCAAUACAUCUGGAAGAUCCGGGAAUUGCAUGAACAGUACGGCCCCAUCGUGCGCAUCAACCCCGAAGAAGUCCACAUCCAGGAUGCCGAUUUCUACGACCAAGUCUACACGGGCUCGACGCGCAAACGGAACAAGUGGUCUUUCUUCACGAAACAGAGCGGAGUGCCUCAAGCUACGUUCGCGACAGACGACCAUGACCUCCAUCGACUUCGCAGGUCGGCGCUGAACCCUUACUUCUCCACGGCAAAGGUGCGGAGCUUGCAACCACGUAUAGAAGCCAGCAUCAGGAAUCUGCUAGUCCGCUUCAAAGAGUUUGAGGCUUCCAAAAAGCCGAUGACGUUGUCGUUGGCCUAUGCUGCACUCACCAAUGACAUAGUCAUGGAGUAUGCGUUCGCACGCAGUGAGGAGCGCUUGCUCGCCCCAGACUUCGAUCCAAGCUUCAAAGAGGCGGGCGAGGCGGGCGCAAAGCUGGGUCACUUGGUCAAACAAUUGCCAUGGAUGUUGAGCAUUAUGAAGGUGCUUCCCCCUGCGGCGCAAAUUGCUCUGAACCCGGUGAUGGCUAGCUAUAUCAACCUGCAACAGAAUGUUAUACGACAAGUGGCUGAGAUUCACCGUCGCCGUGGAGAAACGAAUUCCGAGUAUAGCUCACAAACGACCGUCUUCCACGAGAUCCUGCAAGGCAACCUACCCGAGCACGAAAAGUCUCCUGACCGUCUGUGGCAAGAUGGACAGGUGACAGUCAUCGCAGGUACACUCACGACCGCAGCGGCACUCUCAGACAUCACAUACUAUCUCCUCAAGCAGCCGGCAGAGCUGCGGCGAUUGAAAGACGAGUUGGCCAAGGUCAUCACCGACCCCGACAAGCUCCCCGACUCCGCAAAAUUGCAGCAGCUACCCUACCUGACGGCCGUCAUCAAAGAAGGCCUCCGCCUGAGCAGCGGCAUCAGCACACGCCUACAGCGCAUCGCCACAGACGAGACACUGGUCUACACGGCCAAACCUCCCGCCACUACUACUAUCACUACUAACAGCAACCCCAAAUCCGCGAAGCAAUACGUCCUCCCCCCCGGCAUCCCCCUCUCCAUGACCGGCCUCCUCAUCCACCACUCCCCGACCUACUUCCCCCCGGACCCCAUGGCCUUCCGGCCCCAACGCUUCCUCGACGACCCCACCCUCGACCGGUACCUGGUCCCCUUCUCCCGCGGCUCCCGCGCCUGCAUCGGCAUCAACCUGGCGCACACCGAGCUGUACCUCACCGUCGGCGCCGUGUUCAGCAAGUACGGCAGCAAGGAAGUUCGCCUCCCGACCGAUCUGGGCUGGCUGGAGCUCCAUGACACGAGCUACAGGGAUAUUGAGAUCGUGGGUGAUGGUGUGACGCCGCUGUAUCGGGCGGGGAGUAAGGGUGUGCGGGUUACGGUCUUUACGGGCUGA